AUGGGACGAGCGUCACCUUUACUACUUGUUCUAUUGGCGUUAGGGUUCUUCUUUGCUACAUAUAAUUUGGUAACUAUGGUAAUGCACAAUCAAUCUGUUAAUUCUGGGAAAUGGGUGUCCACUGGUUUGGAUUGGUUUGAUCCCAUAUUUAGGAAGCCUGAGGAGUUGAAGGGAGCAGCAAGCCCGAAUGUUCGGUUCCAUGUUGCUCUUACUGCAACUGAUGCACCUUAUAGUAAAUGGCAAUGUCGGAUUAUGUAUUACUGGUAUAAGAAGAUGAAAGACAUGCCUGGAUCGGGUAUGGGUGGUUUUACUCGGGUUUUGCAUUCGGGAAGUCCUGACAAUUUGAUGGAAGAGAUUCCAAGUUUCGUUGUUGACCCUCUUCCAGCUGGGCUAGAUCGGGAGCCUCGGGCUUAA